AUGUGGUUACAGAGAACUAACUCACUGAAGUUCCCAAGUGGUCCCAGAGGAACCAACCUACACGAAAGCCAAUGUGGUUACAGAGGAUCCAACCUCACUGGAAGUUCUAUGUGGUCCCAGAGUGAACCAACCUCCCGGAAAGUCAAUGUGGUUACAGAGGAACCAACCUCACUGAAGUUCUGCGUUCCCAGAAGAACCAACCCACACGUAAAGUCAAUGUGGUUACAGAGAACUAACCUCACUGAAGUUCUAUGUGGUCCCAGAGGAACCAACCUACACCGAAAAGGAACCAACCUCCCGAAAGUCAAUGUGGUUACAGAGGAACUAACCUCACUGAAGUUCUAUGUGGUCCCAGAGGAACCAACCUACACGAAAGUCAAUGUGGUUACAGAGGAACUAACCUCACUGAAGUUCUAUGUGGUCCCAGAGGAACCAACCUCCCACGAAAGUCAAUGUGGUUACAGAGGAACUAACCUCACUGAAGUUCUAUGUGGUCCCAGAGGAACCAACCUCCACGAAAGUCAAUGUGGUUACAGAGGAACUAACCUCACUGAAGUUCUAUGUGGUCCCAGAGGAACCAACCUCACGAAAGUCAAUGUGGUUACAGAGGAACUAACCUCACUGAAGUUCUAUGUGGUCCCAGAGGAACCAACCUACACGAAAGUCAAUGUGGUUACAGAGGAACUAACCUCACUGAAGUUCUAUGUGGUCCCAGAGGAACCAACCUACACGAAAGUCAAUGUGGUUACAGAGGAACUAACAACUCCCUGA